CAAAAAUGCCCCCAAGAACGAAGGCAUGCGCUACCUGUCGCAAGAAACGCAUCCGAUGUGAUGCAACGCUUCCAUAUUGCCUCAUGUGCAGUCGAUUCGGCCGCCAAUGCCCUGGGGUCGCAGAUGGACCCUUGAUCGUGGACAUGACGAAAACCGCAAAACAUGGCAUGCAGAAGCGCGCGACCAAAUCAUCAUCAAAGAGCCUAGAUCUAGUUCCAUUGGUCUGGACAAAUCCAAAUAAUGUUGUUGUCCAUCGGAUGUCCCAGCGAGCGAUGGUGACAGAAGCAUUCUACGAGCGUUUCUUGACACAUUUCACUUUCGAAGGCGAAGGAACAGAUAUUCGAAAUCGACUUUCGUGGCUUCAUCGUCUCCCCCUCUUGUCCACAGACGGUACGAACGAUGCGCUCGUAUUAGCCUUGCAAGCCACAGCGUCCGCCUACUGUGCAGUGGACAAUAGCAACGUAGCUCUGACACGGCACGCUUGGAAUCUCUACGGCGACGCACUACGGGCACAUGGCCGGGCCCUUCUGCCAUCAAGGUCCAAGCCUCAUGUCACACUUCACAUGGUAUCAACAAGCGUUCUUUUCAGUUUAUUCGAAGCCAUGCAGGCUACAAAUGCGAAUGCAUAUCGCUCACACAUCUACGGCGCAGCGAAAAUGUUCGAAGUGACGGGACCAGAACAGUGUACAGAGGGCAUACUGUGUCAGAUCUUCUACCAUCUUCGGACGCAAAUGACCUUUCUUGAUUUGACCGGUAGGGCGAACGAUACUCCAGUGGAAGUGAGAAAGAUCCUAUACAGGACGCUAGAGUAUACGCGGUUGCCAAUGUUCCAGACAUUAAUGAAUCAUGUCGCGAAGCUGGCGGACUUGUAUACUGCAAUGAGGGAUGGAGUUGACGAAGGCCAGACCUAUCAGUCCCUCGACCUUACGACCUACAUGGUAGCCAGGAGCGAGGUCGAGGUCCUGUGGGACGAAUAUACUGAAACAGCCGAAGAAUGGAAUGAGCAACUUACGUGGGAAGAUCCCUGGACUAGAGCCACCAUGUAUCGCGACGCCUUCACCGCGCUUACCAUUGCGUACUUUGAAACCGCCCGUAUUCUACUCGCCAUCGUAGCACCACAGCUUGCGACUUCUCAUGUGGACCUGAGCGACCACUAUGCAGCGAUAGUGGAUAUCUCACAGUAUCUGCGGAUCAACGAUGUCGGUUUCGCCUAUAUGCGCAUGGCGACCCCAUUGCUUCUGGUCGCGUUGCAUUCUCCGAAGAGGGAGCAGCGAAAAGCAGCAACCAGGUAUUUUGAAAACUGGGUAGACGGAUCAAUGAGAGGAAUCAGUCUACUUGCUCUAGAAUCGAUCUACCGACAUCGUGUAUUGAAAACAUAGCUAGACAAGCAUUUAUCGGCUGUGAACAUUACUAGUGCAUUCGAGUCUAACAACUCCAUGGGUUUGGCAACGAACAGUGUCGGGAUCUUGCAAGAAGUCGAAUGAUCAGUCAAAAACGCAUGGCUUGUAGUUUCAAGUUGAUACGCCCUCCAAAUACCCACAGCGAGGCCAUGAUCACAAGCCACAACACUACGAGACCGUCGGUCGCUUCCUACACUGCCAACCUCGUCCCGGUCCCAUCUCAAAUCAGCAAGAAUGGAG